AUGGCGUCUGAACAUCAUCCCACGAUACCACGUUCUGGCGCAAGGACUCUUGCCGACGAAAUCAACAUUGCAACUCGACAACUACAUACCCACCUUAACCGCCUGAUCACCGCGCGUCUCCCGCUUUGUCUUCCGCCACAUACGUCCGAUCCGCGCGUCUACGCUUCCGGGUUAUUACACUUUGCCCAUGUCUACUUUACAUUCGAAUCUUUGUGGCUGGACAUUGUCAAAGACCAACCCACUAGUCCUUCUGAUACUGAGUCGGCUUCACCUUCACAAAAUGCGCCUGCCUCUACAACCGAUCUGGACCCCACCGCCACUUCCACCUCACCCUCAAUUUCACCGCGCGUAUCCCUCCUCCUAUCCUCUCUCUUUGACCCCGGUCUCCUACGUUCUUCCAGCCUACGCGCCGACUUACACAACACGCUCGACCUGUCUCCAGACCUGCUCGAAAUCGCAUUAACCCAAGCGCCCAGCCCCGUUGUGGCAGAUUACAUCUCGCAUAUCCGGACCACCGUGCAAGCCAGACCGCACGUGCUUCUCGCAUAUUUCUGGACAAUGUACAUGGCGUUGUUCGCCGGGGGCCGGUGGAUCCGGGGUCAAUUGCGCAGCGGACUGUGGCCUACAGCAGGCCUAUUGUCUGAUGAAAAGAGCGCGUGCGUCCCUGGAAUUUCGUUCUUCUGUUUCCCCGGCGUCCUCGACGGAGAAGAUAUCAAGGUGGCGUUCAAAGCGGGAUUCGUGCUCAAGUCCGCAGAGCUCCUGAAUGCGCAGGAGAAGGCCGAGAUUGUAGAUGAGGCAAGGACAGUGUUUCGGUUUAGUACACUGAUGGUGGAAGAGUUGGAUCGUGUGGUUGGUGGGCAGCAAGCGCAAAACACAAGCGUUCUACCAGCAGGUACGGCGAGUGUCGAACCUGCCGGAAACAAGAGCGUUCCACGGGCUGGCAGCGCGACUCUUGACGAACACACUCAAAAAUCCGCUCUGAACCUCGAUCCCACCAAAGCGCCCGGCGGAGCGGUAUCCGUGUCCAGAUCUCCAUCGACAUUCAUUCAAUCGCAACCGCAUCUCGCAGCGUUACUUACGCUCGUUGUGGGACUGUCUGGAUUAUUCUUUUAUUUUUUCAUCGUUUCGUUUUAG